AAGUGGGGAAAAGUUGCAAUGCAGAUUUUCACAAACGGAAGUACAUCCCUGCUGCUGGACGGCGGAACAAAAGCUUUGACAACAAUGGUGCUUAAACAGUGUCAUUCGCAACUUAAACGUUUUGGUGUUAACCACCCAGAAAAGUGGUAUGACCUUUCUUUUAAUCAAGACAGAGUUAGCAGUUUUGUUUCGACAGCUGUCAACAAAUCACCGUGUGUCCGAUACAUCAUCACUCCACCUUUUAGGAACUUUGACAAGCUUCUGUGGAGAGGGAGACGAGCUGGACUGAAGAGCAGGCAUCUUUCUGCAGUGACACACAUGUCCGCAAGAGAGCUGAGUACUUCCAUCAAAGCCUUCCAGUAUUUGAACCCAGACGUACCAAAGUCUGAAGGCGGGAGGCUGUUUUUUGAUACCCACGCGGUGGUACGACUCUUUGAGGAAAAAGGCUUCCCAACUCGGCAAGCUGAGGUGAUGGUUAAAGUUCUGGUGAGGAUGACAAACUCUAACAUGGAUGUCAUCUAUAAUGACAUGGUAACCAAAGUGCUGCAGGAGAUCAUGUUGCAGCGUGUGAUGUCUCAAAUAGUGGCUGUAAAGAAGGACAUGGUAAUCCUGGAGAAGAGUGAGUUCUCUACUUUACUGGCAGAAAGUGAGAAACUCGAGAUCCAGUUGUUGCAGCUCAAGGUCCAACUGGCUGAUGUCAUGAAUAAAGUGCGCUCGGACACUGUUAUGGACAUGCAUUUGGAGAAAAGUCGCGCAAAAGCACUGAAAGUACAGCAUGAGAAGAUGCUUCUAGAAACACGAGCAGAGAUUCAGGAAAUGACUGCAGAGCAAGAUCGUCAUUUAACUCAGACCUACAUGAAAAUAGACACGGAAGUGGCUGGUUUGAAAACCAUGUUAGAGGCUCAUAAACUGGAUACUAUAAAAUACCUUGCAGGUUCAGUGUUCACCUGUCUCACUGUGGUCUUGGGUUUCUAUCGUAUUUGGAUGUAAGCAGGACCAUACUGUAGUUAUGAUUUUCAUAUAACCUCCGGUGACACUAGAACUUUCAAUGCAUGCUCUCGAUCUAACAAUAGCCGGAGACCAAAUCUCUUUCAUGUCUGAAAGUUUGCAUUCAUUUUUUUUAAAGAUUAUUUG